CAUCUUCCUACAGAAGUAGCUGAACCCAUCACGCUGUGGCAAGGACUCAGAACCCAGGUUGUGGUCCCCUGGUGUCCCCAGUGUGAAGGUGCGAGACGCCCGCUGAGCACCGUGGAGACCUGGGCUGAGGCGGCGCCAUGCCCCCUGGCCUCGCUCUGCUGCUUGGACUUGUGUCUGCUCUGGAGCAGAGGAUCUGGGCCCGCAGUGGCUCACAGUCCCAGCCCUGUAUCUGGGCAGUGCCAGGAGCUGUGAUUCCCCGGGACGGUUCUGUGAGCAUCUUCUGCAGGGUCCCUCCAGGGGUGACUGCAUUGCGCUUAUAUCAGUUAAAACCCAGAGAAAUGUGGUACGACAGAGAGCCAGAGGGAGUCCGAGAUGCAGAGGAAUUCUCCCUGCCGAAAGUGAUGCUCAUCGAUGCAGGGAUUUAUACCUGUGAAUACUUAAAGCGAGGAAACUGGUCACGAUGCAGCGAGUCACUGGAGCUGGUGGUGACAGGGGUCAUCAAGGACAAGCCAUCCCUGGCUGCUCACCCAGCCGCCCAGGUGGCCUCAGGAGAAAACGUGACUCUCCAGUGUCAGUCACUCUACUCCUAUGACACCUACGUCCUGUGCAGGGGAGGAGGAGCUUCCUUCCCCCAGGACUGUUCUCGUCAGCACCACAGCUCCUUCCUCAUCCCCCCCGUGAGCCUGGAUCAGGCCGGGACCUACACCUGCUAUGGCUCCCAUAACCACAGCCCCCAGCAAUGGUCCCUGCCCAGCGACCCCCUCCAGCUUUCUGUCACAACCCCAGAUUACACAACAGAGAAUAUCGUCCGGCUGAGCCUGGGUAUCCUCAUCCUGUUUGUCCUUGGAGCUGUGUUGCUGGAUGCCUGGAAGGGCAGAAGUGGUCUCUGAUGUAUGACCAACGAGCUCAGGCCGAGAGCAUCACUAACUCUUCAUGGCCCACCUCAAACACUGGCGUAAAAGAGCCACCCAGCAAUGAAAAAUAGUGAACAAUCGGCACAGGCAGCAAAGUAGAUGUCUUUCAAGCCCUUCGCUCUCUGUGGAAGAAACUAGACAUAAACUAUUAUGCCCUGUAGGAUUUCAUUCCUAUGAAAUUUUAUGUCAGGCAAAAUGCACCAGUGUUGCCCAGUUGCUGGGGUGGGGAUGGGGAGUAGGUAGGAGACAGUAGAUGGGAGGGGGCCUGAGGGAACUUUCUGGGCUGAUUCAUUUUCUUGCACUUUACAGGAGCGAUGGCUUCAUGGGUUUAAGAAUUUGUCAAAUCCUAUUGAAUUGUAUGCUUGAAACCUAAACUGUGCACUCAAUACAAAUAUAGCUCAGUUUAGCAGUCAGACAUGGGAUUUAUAAAAAUGAACUCCAUAUUGACUUACUAUGAAACAAGUCACAAAAAAUGCAAAGUUAUGUUAGAGAGAGUACCUUGUCUGAUCACAGUGUAAUUAAGCUAGAAAUCAUGACAAAAUGAUAGAAUACUAUACUAUGUGCUUUAAUUUAAAAGGAACGCUGCUAAGAACCCACAUGUCAUACAAGAAAUACAAUGGAAAUUAGAAAAUACAUUGAAUUAAAUGUCAACUUAAGUACA